CUUCAGACUGUGACCAGUUCGCUUCGCGGCGACACCAACUCGUACUGCAGUAACCAGUUUCAUAUGCAAGCUGCUGUAACUUACUGUUACAAAGUUGCUACGGCAACUUGUCGACUGGCCGAGGAACGAGAUCGAGUCGAUAUAUUCACUUUGCGCUGGUAAGCCUUUUGCGAUCCCUCAAAUUUAGUUGUCUUUCAAGUGGAAAAGCCAUGCAGUUAACAAAUUGAGUGCGAAUGUAACACUUGACUAAGGUGCCGCGUCAGCUAGCCCUACUAAAUCGAACGGAGAAAUAUGUCCACUUCGAUUUUAGUCGGAAAAAACUGACUCGGAAGAAAUAAUGUCGUAACGAGGACGAUUUUGAGACGGAGAAUACGACGGAAGUAUCGUGGUGAAUAUAAAAUCCAGUCAGCGCAUGUAUGGAUGCCAGCCAGAGUUCCUUCAGCAUGGCGAGGACUGCUUUAGAAGUAGUGCACGUCAAUGCUGGCGAUGGUUAUGAUCAACCCCUGGAGAAAUUUUUCAUACCCGACCUACUCGCAAGAUGGCCGUUUCCCCGUCGUCUCAACCACUACUAUCCCAAAGUCCGUGCCGAAUCAUCUGCUUGGCUUGAAAGCUUUAAAGCCUUCAGCCCCAAAGCCCAAGAUGCCUUCAACCGCUGCGAUUGCAGUCUUCUAAGUUGUUUAGCCCACCCCAUCGCGAAAGAAGAGCACGUUCGCAGCGCUUGCGAUUUCACCAAUCUUUUGUUUUUCAUAGAUGAAUACACAGAUAUAUCAGAAGAGGGUGAGGCCCGCAAACAAAAGGACGCCGUCAUGGAUGCUCUGCGUCACCCUCAUGAGCCGCGUCCCAAAGCAGAAUGGGUCGGUGGAGAAAUCGCUCGCCAAUUCUGGGAACGCACCAUACGCAAUGCUAGCGGCCAGUCGCAGAAGCGGUUCAUCGCAGCAUUCGAUGAAUUUCUAGAGGGCGUAGUCCAGCAGGCUAUUGACCGAAGCGGACAUCAUAUUCGUGAUAUCCAAAGUUACUUUGACGUGCGCCGCAAGUCGGUCGGAGCAAGGUCUGGGUUCGCACUUUUGGAGCUGGGUCUUGAUAUCCCAGAUGAAGUAAUUUCUCACCCGGUGGUUCAAGAUAUGGAGAUGGCAUCCAUUGACAUGAUCUUUCUCAAUAAUGAUAUCGCAUCCUACAAUGUGGAGCAAGCGCGCGGAGAUGAGGGUCACAAUAUAGUGACAAUUGUCAUGCACGAACUUGAUACGGAUGUCAACGGUGCUAUAUUAUGGGUGGCGGAUUGCCAUGCAAAACUCGAGACGAAGUUCUUGGAGGCCAUGGCAGCCAUUCCGAAAUGGGAAGAGCUCAUUGACUCGCAGGUUAGGGAGUACUGCGAUGGCUUGGGAAACUGUGUGCGUGCGAACAAUGACUGGAGCUUCGAGAGUGAGAGGUACUUUGGCACGGAUGGUCUGGAGGUUCAAAGGAAAGGAUGGCUUUUGCUGAUGCCGAGAGAUCGACUGAAAGGCCGUGAAGAGAUUGGACCUGUACUUGUUGGACAGCCCCAUUGAAUGGCUCAUUUCUUAAGUAAGUUAAUAGACUUCCAACCUAAUUUACGGACAAGACUUAUAGCUUGUGA